GUUUUACGACACACCGCCACGCCCAUCCUUCUAUUUGCUUCUCUCUGCUUCUCCCCCAAAGCUUUUCGCCCUCGCAUAAUGGCGGAUGCUUACUGGCGAUACGACGACCGGAGGCAGCAACCGCCGCUUCCUAAUCUCGUUGCUAAACGCCCUCGCUCUGAUUACGAUCUUCCUGGCGGUCAUGAAUUGCCAAGCUACUAUGUUCGUGAUGAUGAAAGAGCAGGGCUUCAUCUGAUUAGAGAUACUGAUACCAUUGGGGCAUCAUAUGAUCGUUACUUGCGCAAUGCACAAAUUUCAUCUUAUGGUGGGAGUGAUUCUGCUAGACCUCUGGGUGGUGGACUAAGUGGUCGUCCUGUUGAUGAUCCAAGAAUUAUUGGUCUUGGGGGUUCAGACCCAGUGGUAACAACAAAAAGCCGUUCUAUGGGAUUGGGAGGUGGCAGACCUGAGAUUUCCCUCCCUCCAGAUGCUAGCAAUACGCUCUUUGUGGAGGGCUUGCCUACAAACUGUACCCGCAGGGAAGUCUCUCAUAUCUUUCGCCCUUUUGUAGGUUAUAAAGAAGUGAGAUUGGUGACAAAGGAAUCAAGACAUGUUGGGGGUGAGCCACUGGUACUCUGUUUUGUUGAUUUUGUCAGUCCGGCACAUGCUGCCACUGCAAUGGACGCAUUGCAAGGAGUUAAUAAUGUGAAUAUCUGGUUGCGGAGCUUUGCUGCCAUCUAACUGAAUAUUAUUGCCGAGGAAGAGAUUUAACUGUGAUGUCUUUAACAGUGGAUGCCCCAUCUUAUUUAUGGGGUGAAUGAAUAAUCUGUCAAAAUAUGAAGUUUUAACAGCUUCAAGAACCUUUCAUCUCUCUUUGAGGACCAUAUGACACAUUGGUGCACAUCCCAAUGUACAAUGCCAAAGAUCUAAUACAUUACGCGUCUCAUCUCUCCACCCUCUUGAUACUAAGAGGAAAAGAUGAGUUGUUCACCUGUCUCUGGGUUUGCACAUGUUUCACCAAGCUUUCUUCCCCUGGAUUACCUAUUUUUCUUCUGCUACAGUUGCUGGUGGUAGAACAUCCAAGUAAGGAAUUCCAAAAACAAAAAAGAACAGAGACACAGGGAUGAGCUGUAGUCUUCCACACAGCUUCCCUCAGGAAGUUACCCUUCUGACAAAGAGAAUGUUAAAAGGGUUGAACAGUGACGAUAACCUCAUUCUUGUGUGCUCAUGCAUGCUUUAGAUCUACCAGAUGUUAAUAUUUGAUUAAAAACUAAUUGGCAAAGAAUUACCAGUUCACACAAAUCUAACAAUAUAAAGUCAACUAAAAUAAAGAAGAAUUUACAGGGAGGGUAAAUUGCUGAAAUGGUUUUUCCUUGUUGAAAGCCUCUAAGCUUCUAAUUUUCAAUAAUCUAAAAUGUUAAGGAUCUGUUUGAAUUUUCAAUCUAAGCUGGUGGCUCUACAUGUAGAGUCAUGGCAAGGAAUGCUUGAGUGCAAAUAUGCUAUUGAACAAUUAGUGAGGCGUCGCUAAAAUAGAUACAUUUACUAGGGGACAAUAACAACUAUCCUAACUCUUAAUCCCACCAGGUAACAUCGAAUGUUUGUAUUCUACCAUUUCCAAUUCUUUCUUAUCUGUGGAUAUGU